AUGGAGGAAACCUCAUCGAAGAAGAGCCUUACGGACCCUUAUCCGAUUCCCUAUUUCUUGUACGACUCUCUCGCCGAACCGAAGACAUUGAAGCGCGUACAGCAGCUCGACGACGAACCGAGGCUGAAACAAGCCCAGAUACAGGGAUACCGGAGAGUGAGACGAGGGACGGAAUGGGUUGUGGUGCGAGAAGAUGAACUAAGAUCGCCGCUGCCGGGGAAGGAAGGGCGGAGCAGUGAACAGGAAGAGGAGGGUGUGGAAGGCGUGGUGUAUGUAAUGUCGGGUGCGGAGGAGGCGCGGAGGCUGGAGGACUAUCUGCGUGCGGAAUAUGGGCAAGAUGGUUAUGAAAUGGUUGGCGUCGAGAUCGAGAUCCUCGCGCAGGGCCUCCGUCGUGCGAGAACAAUAGAGGGACGGACGUUCCUAUACACCGGAGAGCUCGAGGCCAUCGCAGCGAAGACCCCAGCAAAGCUCAUCGACACAAAGCCGCCAGCUGAGACGCAGAAGAAGACGAAGGAGUUGAAAAGAAAACCCUUACCAUUGCCAUCAAGCUCGCAAUCCUCCGGUGUCACCACGCUCCCUCGGUCGCCAUCCCUCAACCUUCCCACUGUGCAGCCACGUCCUGCUUGCUACCACGGAGCUUCGAUUCUAGGAACGCAGGCCAUGCUCAGUCAGCGAGCGAGUCUGGAAACGGAGGAAGAGCAGAGGAGCGACGCGAUGCAGAAUCUGAGUAAUGAGAUAUCGGUGCUAUACAAAGAGAUAAAGAAGGAAAACGAGACUACGAAUGGGGAUCUUCGUCGGCGGGCUCUAUCCUCAUCCAGCGCCAUAUCAGGAAUCUCUACGAGAACGGUAGACGGCGAUGUCAAGCUGCAAGAGAUCGACACGCCUGAACCUCUUUUCGCAAAGAAAGUGGCGAAGAACGAGACAAGGAGAGAUGGUCCGACCCAAGUUGACUGGGAUUCGACUUAUCCUGUCUCGCCUUUGCGUCCGCUUCUUCCAGAGAGGAGCCCAAUGCGAGUACAAUGGAGCUUUGGCGCUGGAAAUUUUCAAGAACGGGACGCGGGCAAGCCGCUAACUCCGUUGCCUGAAGAGGAGGAUGCUCUUGAAGCUGGAAUCGCCGCGACGGACAAGGAGCUGGAGCAUAUCAGCGCGAACGAGGGGUCGAGACGGCAAAGGCGGGUUGCGUUUGACGGACUGGACGGCGGUAAUGGGCAUGAAGCUGAUUCUGAAAGAAGAUUUGUGUAG